UCGAAACAUUUCCGCUUCGAAGAGAUCGAUACUGUUGAGCUUCAUGCUUCGAACGUAGCGUCACACACAUUAUCCGGCUCUUUGUUCGACGCUAUACUCGGGCUAAUGUAGUCCGAAUUCCAAAAUUGUGUAUUAAUGCCUAGUAUUAGUAGUGGGUAAUAGUAGGAAUAAUAAUUGUACGUGUUUGGCGUAUCGUUGUUAGCUUAGUUGUGCUUUCACUUUGGGACCACAGCUACCAGCUAGUUUGGAAGCUAGCUAACCACGCAUUAUUCUGCUGUGCUGUUGAUUCUUUGAGGUCAUUCAGACCCGUUUUUCCUUAUUCGCUAGCCGUCUCGGUGCUUAGCAACAUUUAGCUCAUUUAGUGUUGGCGUUGUAUCGAACCGCGUACAAAAACCGGGUCGAUUCGCAGGAGAAGACUCUUAAGUUUUAUUUCUCAGUUUUGCCGUCGCCCAGUCUUGAACUGGAGUAUUUAUUUCUUUACAAACCAUGGCUUCGUCUUCUGGAAAUGAUGACGAUCUCACCAUCCCCAGAGCAGCGAUCAAUAAGAUGAUUAAAGAAACUCUGCCCAACGUGCGAGUGGCCAACGACGCCAGAGAGCUGGUGGUGAACUGCUGCACCGAGUUCAUACACCUCAUCUCUUCCGAGGCCAAUGAGAUCUGCAACAAGUCUGACAAGAAGACCAUCUCUCCUGAACAUGUUAUCAACGCUCUGGAGAGCCUUGGUUUUGCAUCAUACAUCACAGAGGUGAAAGAUGUGUUGCAGGAGUGCAAAACUGUAGCACUGAAGAGGAGGAAGGCCAGCUCUCGACUGGAGAAUCUUGGCAUUCCAGAGGAAGAGCUUCUUAGACAACAACAGGAGCUGUUUGCCAAGGCACGGCAGCAGCAGCAGGAGCUCGCGCAGCAGGAGUGGUUACAGAUGCAGCAAGCUGCCCAACAAGCACAGAUGGCAGCAGCAUCUGCCAGUGCUGCCCAGCAGGCCGGCUCCUCUCAGGACGAAGAUGAAGAUGACGACAUGUGAUCCCAAGACUCUUUGACUUGUGUAAAUCCUUCCCUGGGACCGUGUUGGCACAUGGAUCUCCCAGUACCGUCGCCGAUGGGAAUAAAACUUGUGUGCUGGAAUAUCAGUAACGUGACAGAUGCUCGUAGAGGAUGGGCUCUGUGGAGAAGAAUGCAGAAGCAUUUGAAGAUUUCUGCAGGUUCCACUCACUGAAAGUGAUUUGGGCUCAGAGGCAGUUAAGUUUUUGAUUUGUCAAAUUUUCCCCAUUUCCCACUUGCUGAUGUUAAUUUGUGAUGUUCUGUUGUAAUCUAUAGAUUUCUGGAUUUGAUGUGGGCAUGUUGAAAGAAGAAUUUGCCACCUGUGUUAGUGAUUUAUUGAUCAUAUUGAAACUGCUGUUGGUGCAGCCCCACAUAGAUGAAAUCUGGUAGCCGUUGUACUUGAUCACUUCUGUGGUUUUAGGAGAGCAGUUAUAGGAUAAUUUCAGAAUGUAAUUUCUCCCUUCUUUUGGUUUGAUAGUCAUUUUUCCAGUUUUGUGUUUAUUUUAUUAUUCCAGCCCCCAACUCUCAACUGACAGCCUACAUGUUUCAGAAAGGCUCGUGUGAGAGAUCAUGGAAAGUGGAAUUGUUCAUGAAGAAAAUGUUUGUUUUUUUUCCCCCCCAGUACCUUGAACCAACUACAGUAUUGCCAAUUAGCCACACCUCUGAGAAACCUACAGAACCAAAGACAUAGGACAGACUAACACACCCAUGUUUAGCUUUGUUUUUAGGUGUAAAUGUGAUUGUCAGUUAAUGCUGACUAACCUCUUGACUGUGUGGCCGGGUUUAUAAUGUCUGUUUGGGUGCAGUAUCAAACAUUUGCAUUGUGACUGGUAUUUCCUCCGUGUAAAGAAAACCUUGUUGUGACAGACAUAUAUUUCAAAGUUGUAUUCUUUAAGCAAUAAAGGAAACCUGUUUUAUAGA